AUGUCCGUUAAUGAUACUGGAAGAAAAGAUGCUAACUUGUUCUAUAAAAAUGCAAUUGAAGCAAUUAAUUUUAUAAGGGAAAAACCAGAAGAUGAGCUAGAUCCAGUGAUAAAAGAGAUAUAUAAAAGGGUUGAGAUUCAAAAUGAUAAAUUACAAUCGAUUCAAGAACAACCAUCGAGUACAAGCAAUAGCAUCGCUAGUCACAGCAAUAUUUCACGUUCAAAUAGUAUCGAUGGGAAGAAUAAUAAGGGAAAUGUAGACAAUACUAUUAAUAAUAUGGUGAUUUGUGCGAAGUGUGGGAUCACAUUUAAAAGGGUUUCUGAAUUGAAGAGGCAUGAAAAAUCCCAUUUGCCUAUCUUAUCAAAUAUUUGCUCACAAUGUGGUAAAGGUUUUGCCAGGAAAGAUGCAUUGAAAAGGCAUUAUAAUACACUCACUUGUAAGAGAAAUAGAUCGAAAUUACUGUAUUUAGGAAGUGAAAUUACAGAAUUAUUAAAUCUUGGGAAAAAUAUAAGUUAA